AUGCAUGCAACUCAAAACCUUUUCUUGGCUAUGUCCAUGCUCGUGUUGGUUGCAAUGAUGAGUGGAGUUCAUCCAUUCCCACUCCAACAACAACCACAGCAAGGAAGCGUGCAAUUACAGACUCAGGUAGCUCCUACCUCUUUUACCAAUGUUCCUGAGGCCAAGUAUUGUGUCAGAUAUUUGAAUCAAACUCAAAAUGAUACUCAACAAGGAGUGACCUUUGAGAGUUAUUAUGACUGUGGAAAAUCAGGUCAAGGUGCAGAUUUGAAUCAGAUUCUUCAGAGAAAUCCAGAUCGAAUGGAUUUGUUGCUCUAUCAUUUUUCAAGUAAUCCAAAACCAACCUACGGUAUGAUGGGCUAUUCCCUCCUCGGUUCUCCAACUCCCUCUGGUCAACAAUCUCUUCCCAACAGUAUUUCCACACAACUUCCCUCUCCAAAUUUCCAAAUGUGGAUUUCCUUAGAUCGUAUUGUAGAAUUCUCACUCAAUCUGCAAGGUGGAACCGAUCUCAAUUCAGAAUCCUCCUCUCUCCACAUUUUACAAGAUUUCCCCAUCAAUUCUCAAAACAUUCCCUUCACCAUUCAAAAACAACAAUACGGAGGUCAAGGUCGACGUUACAAGUCCAUUCUCGCCGAUUUGGAAAUUCCCCUUAAUGCUCAAAAUUUGGGCAACUCGACUCGAGCUCCCUAUCUUCAAAAACUUCACGUGAGAGCCAUCUUGUCGGAAAGUGAAACUCGCGCCAGAACGGACUUGUUGAGCGGAGGCGGGGCUCAGGGAGGUCGAGAUGCUUUUGCAUUCCGAACGACUCCGACAAGUAUUACCUUACAAGUAACUGCUCAUGGAUUGAGAAGUGGAGCCAUUCAAGGUACUGGAAAUAUCGGAGAGAGUGAAAUUGCAGAGACGGAAUCGACAUGGGCAGUCUUUGCAAGUGUCUUUGUUGGCAAUGGUUAUGUAUUGAAUACAAAACCUCAAAAGAGAGCAACCGCUCCAUGGACCACCACAGGAGGACAUUCGUAUCCAUUACCCUAUGAUGUGCUUCCUGAUUAUUACUUGUAUAAUGUCUCUUCGAAUGGAAAGUUUACAUUGGGUUCGGCUGAAACUGGUGCUCCUCAAUCUCCAUUAGGAUAUUUCACACUUCCUCGAUUUGCGUAUGGCAAUGAAAAGAGUCGAAUUCAAUUGGUGGAUUUGGUGAAUCGAGUGCAACAAGCAAGUUCAUUCUCGAGCUCUCCUCAAACGGAUGCCAUGAAAAAUUCUGGAAGUUUGAGUUCGGAAGUGACUCGAGUGGUGAUGAUUCCUGCUCAAAAACAAGAAGCUUCGAAUAUUGGAGAGAAUCGAAAUGCUGUGGCUAUUCAAACGGUGCAAUUUGCACCAAUAUUUAUUGGUGCAGUUGAGGUGACCAAUGAUUGUAACUGUGCGAAUAAUGUGCAAACGCAUUGGCAAGCCACUGGUGAUCAGAGACAGCAAGCAAAUGAAUAA